AUGGGAUCCACGCAAUUGGGCGCAACCCAUGGGCGCCAGAUGUACAACAGUGAUACUAACAAGGCAGCACUCUGGUUAACUGCAUCAAAGACCAAUGGGCGCAACAAUGGGAUCCGCGCAAUUGGGCGCAACCCACAACAGGAUAAUAGACUUUUUAAUAAUAGACUUUUUAAUAGAAAUGAUGAGAUUCAUGUGAAGGAUGUCCUCAAUCAUACCAACUGGUCCUUGAUUCACAAUACCAAAUCCUUCAAGGACAUUGCCUUUCUAUGUAUUGUGACUGCUAUCAUUGCAGAGCACUCUUUUUUUCUGUGGAAACAGAAACCUUCAUAUUCCCCUGCCCCCUACAAAUUAGCCAUGCAAAACUUCAACUUGUCUAUUGACAUGGCCAAAAUCAAUACUGCCAUUGAGGAGGCCUCUCAUAUGAAAACCAAGGAACAAAAGAAACAGGCUCUUGUAAAGAUUGCUACAGACAAUCGUCUUCCUUUAUAG